AUGGAAAUGGCGUGCUGUGGAUGUUCUGGGAUGGCCGAAAUGGAAGCGAAUGGAUCUUCUCAGCCGUUCCUCUCUCUCCCUCGUAUUGCAGAGCAAGGCGAGCAACGAAUUGCCGGUUGGCGUUCACAGAAGCCGAGUCACCGUGCGAAUGAGAUUCGUAAAAAACAGACAGAUACGCCUCCCGCUGUACAUUUAAACAAGGAAAAUCGAGCCACCCAGCCACAAGCGGAAGGGUCUCUCAGUUCCAACCGCGAAUUCAGCACAGCACAACAGCAGUCACUCACGCUCUCCAACGGCCUAUCUCCGGUUCGGCUUCGGCUCCGCGCGUUGAAACCCAUCGUGGAACUAACAGAGAAGAAAAAGAAGACACGAGAACGAAGCCGUGAGCACGAAGCACGAAGCACGCACGACGUGAGGCCUUCCUCGGCUCAAUUACAAAUCUCAUGA